UUAGUGAAGCAAAUUUAUCUAAACUGAUUACAGAGAUGAAAAAGUUCGGACUGCAAAAUCGUGAGUAUGCCAUGGCUGUCAGGCUCACCAAAGAUGAGUGCCAGACUGGAGAGUUUGAUGUCAACGUUGAACCAGAGGUGGUCAAGGCGGCACUUACUGCCGGACAAAUCUACAAAGGAGACAAGAUCAUCGCAGCCAUACCGUAUAAUGGCUACCACGCAGAGUAUCGUCUCCUGAGUAUUACUACCCAGGAAAUGGGCUACCCCAUAUUACACCUGACCAAUAACAACAAGGACUGUAUAAUCUUCUUUACCACAUUCUCUCCCUGCCUGGAGUCCUGUAUGAAGGAAAGAGGAGGCCACAGCAUUAUCAAUGACCUUGAUAGGGCCUUUCAUACUAGAGACCUAAACUCUAAGGCCUUUGUGUUCGAGAAAGUCUGGCAACCUAAGUGGGGUGGGGCAAAAACCAAUCCCCCAAGGCAAAAUGUACUAAACUCCUUCAAUACAAUACAUAAGAAAAUCCCCCUAUAUCGCUGUACACACAAAAAGUGUUAUUAUUGCAAUGAGAUGAACACAGGUCACUGUUUGGAGGGCUACAGUGGCUGAGUGCACUCCUUCAAGUCCAGCUGAGCCAAUGAAGCCUCCUGUAUCUGUAGAGGACUGUCAACCUCUCUCUCCCUUCAUCCCUCUCUCUGUCUCUCACUGUCCCUUUUUGCCCUUUCCUCAGUAUCUCUGUCCCUCCUUGGGAGAAUCUCAAUUGGUUUUGCUCGACUCCUCGCGUCCUCUCCUCCAUCCUCUCCUCACCUCCUUUUGAAAAAGGUCAAAGGUAAUCAAAUAGAGGAGGAAAGGAAACACGCAAACAAAUGUGCUUGUAUGAAAUGACUCCUUCACCAACACGUAAUCAGGCAAAUUACAUUUACAAAGGAGUAAUCCCCCAAUACAUGUGUUAAGUGGUCAAAAUAACUGUAGCUGGUUGCACUUGACAUUUUAUAGAGAGAUAAGUAUUGUAUCGUUUUUUUAAAUGUGGGCAUGCUUUUCUUAGAGAAACAAUAGCUGAUUCAAAGGGGGUGUGGCAGAUUUUAAAACACUUUCACGUUUCCCGCUGUGAGGAUACAUUUGUGCUCAGGCUAUCGAGGAGAGGAGGACCGCUAAACAAUGAGACAAGAAUAACACAAUCUUGUCAUAUUUUAACAAAGUUAUGACAUUCAUGACAGUAACCCAAAGAGAUGGUAACACAUGUUUGUAACUGUGUAUUUUGGCAUAGUACUAGUUUAUUAUUGGGUUAACAUUAAAUAGUCUGUAACUGUAUCCUAUACAGUAUUUAUAUCAAUGCAAGGUUAUCAGAACAAUAAGAUGCAUUGAAAGACUUUAAGCUACAGUAUGACUGCAGUUGAGGCUUAUCAUCAUGGGGCACUAUGUUAUACUUUAUUGGCUGUGACAUUACAUAAAACACUUCUUCUCCAUGUCAAGUGCCCAUUCUAAAUUGACCCCAACAUCUGUGAAGUUGUAGAGCUCUGGAGGACUACUUAGUUAUAACACACAAUGUAAUACUGUAGCUCAAUGUGUGAAGAUGAAAUUCCCUUAUGUAUUGUUGGACGGUAUCCAGAUUUUCAUAUCGUCAUACUGGUAUAUUUAAGCAAUAAGGCACGAGGGGGUGUGGUAUAUGGCCAACAUUCCACGGCUAAGGGCUGUUCUUCAGCACGACGCAUUGCGGAGAGUAUGGACACAACCCCCGAUGUGCCUUAUUGUUAUUAUAAUCUGGUUAUCAACGUAAUUAGAACAGUAUAAAUAAAUGUUUUGUCAUA